GUUCGACCGGGAAUCGCAGCCAACUGUCGUCCAUUUAUUCAUCAUGGCUGACGAUGGCAUGCUCCUGAACUUUUCUCUGGGGACCGAUGUUAUAAAACCAGAGACUAAAAUCAAAGGUGGCACGUGGCGCGAGCGAUUAAGCGUCAAGAAGAUCGCCCAAUACCGGACGCAAAACCCCAAGAAGAGCGGAAGUAAUAAGGACAACACCGAAUCUGACCCGAAGAAUCCAAACCGCAUUCAGGUACCGGCCAAUCGCCCUGCUAAGAGACAACGGACCGAUGGAGGAUUUCAGUCAGGGUCGCAUAGGUCUGGCCCAUCUUCUGAGAGACAACAUCCGCGUUCCUCGCAUCCACGCCAGAUAGUAUCCUCGCUAUUCUCCAAGAAUCCCAGGCCACAGAACGCUAUGGAGGCUCAAGAUGAAGAUGAAGCUGUUGAAGAUGCGAAACCGACAAACGCUCCAUUGAUUGAUGGACUCGAUACCUUUACGAACCUUGGUUUGUCGCCGAUCCUUGCAGCGCACCUACUCACAAAGCUCGAGCUGAAAGCGCCAACGGCAAUUCAGAAGGCUUCAAUAUCCCAACUUCUCAAAGAGGAAACCGAUGCGUUUAUUCAGGCGGAAACUGGUUCGGGCAAGACAUUGGCUUAUUUGUUGCCGUUAGUGCAACGCAUAAUGGAUCUUUCAAAGACAAAAAACGAGGGCGAGGCAAGCGUCCAGCGGGACAGUGGCCUGUUUGCGAUUAUCCUUGCACCAACCAGAGAAUUGUGCAAGCAGAUCUCAGUGGUUUUGGAGGGGUUACUGCGCUGUGCGCAUUGGAUUGUGGCAGGAACUGUGAUUGGUGGAGAGAAGAAAAAAUCGGAAAAGGCACGGCUGAGAAAAGGGUUGAAUAUCCUAGUCGCUACACCUGGACGGCUUGCGGACCAUCUCGAGAAUACCCAGGCUUUGGACGUGAGUAAUGUGCGGUGGUUGGUACUGGACGAGGGUGAUCGCUUGAUGGAGCUCGGUUUCGAGCAAGAGCUACAAGGUAUCAUCAAGAAACUCGAUGCAAGACUACGACCUAGUCGGAUCCCGGGAAUUCCCGGGAAAAGAGCAACAAUCCUUUGUUCCGCCACCCUUAAAAUGAAUGUUCAAAAAUUGGGCGAGAUCAGUUUGAAGGAUGCGGUCCAUAUUAAAGCAGACCCUACGGACGAGGACGGAGAGAACACCAACGAGAACGGCGAAGAUGCUGCGUUCAAGGUUCCUGCGCAGCUUAAACAGUCUUAUUCCAUUGUUGCAUCGAAGCUCAGGCUAGUAACGCUCACUGCUUUCUUGAAGCGAACAUUCAUGCGAAAAGGAUCUUGUAUGAAAGCUAUUGUGUUCGUUUCAUGUGCAGAUUCAGUCAAUUUUCACUUUGAGGUAUUUACACGAAAACUCCAAGAUGCGCUAGAAAAAACAGAAUCUAGCGACGCCGAAGAUACAGAGAAAAAGGAAUCUGAGACUUCAGCCCACGGAACAAUCGCGCCAGCCACUGCUUUCUCCAACCCCUCAAACGCUGUCACCAUGUACAAACUUCACGGUUCCCUUCCCCAGCACAUUCGAACUGCCACUUUGUCCUCAUUCGCCAAAAAUCGUGAUCCCUCUGUACUGAUCUGUACCGACGUCGCAUCUCGAGGUUUGGACUUGCCGAACGUUGACCUUGUUGUCGAAUAUGAUCCUGCUUUCAGCUCGGAUGAACAUUUGCACCGAAUUGGUCGUACUGCCCGCCUUGGACGUGACGGCCGUGCCCAUAUUUUCCUCCUACCCGGAUGCGAAGAAAACUACGUUGAAAUUCUCAAGCGUAGUUACAGGGAUGGUGGGAAGGCGCUUACACGCACAACUGCGGAUGAUAUGCUCAAGCGUGGAUUCGGUGGAAAUGUGGAGUCCCAGAACAAAGACUGGGAUGAUAAGGCUACCGAAUGGCAGUUGGAUGUUGAACGAUGGGCCUUGGAGAAUCCAGAAUACCUUGAAAUGGCGAGACGCGCGUAUCAAUCCCAUAUCCGCGCUUACGCCACCCACAUCGCCAAUGAACGACACAUCUUCAACAUCAAGGAACUCCACCUGGGACAUCUUGCAAAGAGCUUUGGUCUGCGUGACCGUCCAGGAAAGAUCAACGUCCCCGGUUUAAGACAAGGGAAGGACGACACCAAGAAGGAUUUCAAGGCUGAGAGGAAGUCGGUCCCCGGGAAAAAGAGAAAGGCACCGUCUGGCGGCCGAGGAAAUGACGAUGACGACGAUUUCGGCUCCGGCCCCGAUCCAACAGCUGUGGCACAGAAGAUGAGAGCCAAGAUGAGGGAGCAGAUGGCGGGAGCAAGCGAGUUCAAUAUUGCUUAGUUCCGUGGUUUUAUUUGUAAAUAGCGAUCCCUGGCCUCAGUAGAUAUCCCACAAUGAGAUCUUUCCAUCUUUCGACCCAGCAGCUAGCCAGUGUGUAU